GUAGCAUAGCUGGAGCUUCUUCGUUUUGUUUGUCGUCCUCGGUUCGUACAACAUUGCGAUGUAGUGUCUCAUAUUCGUCCUCCUCUACUUCGUCUGUUUUAUGUGAAGCAUAUCGCUCGUUUUGGUUGUUUCGUCAUCUUUCUUCGCAAAAUGGGUACUGGAUGUAACUCGUUUUAAACAGGUCUCAGAAAAACAAGAUAGCACCCCAACAUCAUUUCAAUCAAUCUUCUAACCCAAAGCCAACGUAAAAAGUACACUACUUCUCAACUCAACUCAAACUCACGAAAACCACCACGACUACAUCAGCAUCUUCUGAAAUGCGAGCAAAGGUUUGUGACAGCUGCCCUUGCUCCUUUUCACAAGAACGGUUCUAAUUCCUUUCCCCCACUAUGUCCACACUUGACACAUUGAGAGAAGAGGAAGAAGAAGUUCCGCAAACGACUAGCACCACUAAGCCGACUACUAAAGCCGUCCUCUCCGUGACCAAAUCGUUGAAUUUGAAACUGGAUUCGGAAACUCUGCAGAAGGCUCAGCAGGAACAAGUCCAGGCCGCGCAGUACAACCAAGCUCGCCGAGCUCUAUCUUUGCAGAUCGAGCAACCGAGUUUACCGUCGGCGCGAGGUGGUGGCCCCCACCAGCAAGGCGUAGUUCCGUUAUCCGCGAGGACGCCCGUCACUGACACGCCUCGCGUAAUUGUUGGAACUACAAAUAACCCUUCCAGUCCAAGGAACAAAAUCGCGACCAGGCAAGGGGACGAAAGCGCCCGGAGUGUAGCGUCUAAUAGCAGUGGUCUAUUCUCCAACUCGAAACAACCUCUGAAGCACCAGCUGGUCGUUCCCCACUGGUUCACCCCGGAUUCCUCCCCCCGAUCCGCGGGCUUUCUCACUCCCCCCCACAACCACGAGUCAGCGGUGCAGAAUAUCGAGAAGGAAAUCAAGGCCAUGAUGGAGUCGGGGAACAAGCAGUUCGGUGUCCAGUUCAACAGCCACACGGGCUGGCUCACGCCGUUACCCCCCGGGCACCCGGAGAUUCAGCAGGCGAGGGCGGAAAAAGCGGAGGAAGAAGAAAAGAAACAGCUGAACGGGAUGAAACGGGAGUCGCCGUCCGCCUUUUUAAUGACAGACUCAGACAAUGACAGCCGCAUGAACUUCCCUAACGCCGCGGAACAAGAACCUCAAGAAGUGGACACGAAGAUGGAGAGCAACAGCAAACAAAACAUAAAAUCUGAAGACGAUAAUCACGACGACAUUUUGAACGAAGUGCUUGCGAACCGCCGCGACUACCACCCGAGUAACCCGCUGGGAAAGACCCCAGCGGUGCAGACGCGUAAUGUUCCGAAAACAAAUGCAAACAAGCAGAUGUUGAAGCACUCGCCGUCGGAUUAUUACCUGAAUUUCUCUGAGAACUACGAGCAAACGAACAAGAUCGCGAACACGCCGAGCACCAACACGAUGGCGAGCAGCAGCAACAACGAUUUGGUCGGCAAUGGGACCACGUCGGCGAAUAAUGUUCCUUCUUCUGAUCCGCACGACCACCUGGUGAACCACGUCGAGGAGACCGCAAAUGUCGGGUUCCAGCGGUUCGGUUUGAUGCACCAGUCCAACAUGAUGAACCUGGUUCACUCCCCGCGUCGGCACGAGGUCGACCACUUGCACCACAUUGAAGCCGCGGAGAAGCACGAGGAGCGGUUGAGGGACAACCACGCUCUGAUUCGAAAUUCCGGGCUUGGAUACAAGUUCUCCCUCCACCAGCCGAUUUUGGUGCGGAAUUUCAACUUCGAGCGGGGCAUGGCGAUCGGGUUGCCCUCGCAACCGGUCAAAGCGAAUUUAAAUUUCGACCCGCGGGUGAAAAGAACCUCCGUCCACAUGUUCAACAAGAACGCAGAGCAAGAAUCUUCUUUGGCGAGUCCGCGGGGGCGGUCUGGAACGAUUAACUCGGCCCGCGGGCGGUCUUUGACUCCCGGCGACCCGAACAAUUUGCUGUUCCCCCUACGGGGCGCGAGUCCGACGCCACGACCGGUGCCCAACGCCGGGCUGGUGAUGUUCAACACGCUCGGGUCUGUCGGCACGGCGCUGACCACGCCGCGAAGGGAGCCUUCGGUCGACUACCACGAGUUCCGGCGGAAAUCGGUCAACACGCACGUCCAGAUGCUGAAGGAGGAGGAACAAAUGCAGCAGCAGCAGAAGGAGCGGGAGCAGGAAGAGAAGGAGAAGCAGCAGCAGCUGGACCAGGAAACCAAUUCCGUCGGGAAAACGAACAGCAACCUGGGCGAGGGCCAGCACGAGCAGGAGCCCUUUAAUACUAGUAACAGUGUGUCUGGCGGGGACGAAACCAGUUCGGCGAUCACGAUGAACCGCAUCGGGUCCAACCCGAAACUUUUGGAACCCUCGGACCGCCAAAGAACACUCGACAUGAGCGAGAUGAAGCGGGACAGUAAAGAAUACAUCCAGGCGCGGCCGAACGAUCUGAAUCAGCCCCCGAAGCUGCAGCACGCGUUGUUUGGCGACGAGGCGAUUUCGCCGCUGGUGUCCCCCCGGUUGCCGCUUUUGUCCGAUGACCCGCUGCCUUCCGCGCGCGCCAGGCCGUGUUUGCCGCAGGCGGAGUUGAUUCCGGUCAAACUGCACGAACAGGGCCACGACACGCCGCGGGACGACAUUCUCAUCUUCAAACACCACGAGCCGGGUUUGUUGCACCACGACCGGGAGUCCCACAAGUCGCUGGAACUGGGCCGGUUCACGCCGGGCGCGCCGCCAAAGUUCGAUCUGAAGCUGCACGGCAUCGUGCCGCUGCCGCGCUCCGCCCUGAACUCAGCCAGGGAGGGAGAUGUUGUGAACACGCCGAGGGACAUGCCGCUCGGUUUUCGCAAGCGAGAGGGAUCGAUGACUUUGCCGGACACUCCCAGACUAGGUACUUACAGGCUAUUCGCGUGGUCGCUAGGCUAUUCGCGUGGUCGCUGUACAACUUUUAUAUGGUGCUGUUGUUUCAUGAUGACAUCAUGAUGUACCGGAACAUGAACAAGAUACCGGUAUGUGACUCAUUAUUUUCGACUUGAUGUGCGAAGGUGCGUAAAGCAAAAACAAAACUUUACGAAAACAGCGCCGAUUAUCGAGCCGCCGAAGGGUUUGGAGUACGGUCAGAGCCUGGACUCUGUGGUCCCGCGGUCCUUUCAAACGCCCACGAGCAUUGCGACGAACUGGACCCCUUACAAAAUUUCAGCCGCAAAUGGAGUAUAAUAAUGAUUAUGAUUGGUUUUUCUUUUUGUUCACCUACAUGGUACCGGUAGUAAGUCAAAAAAGCAUGAUGCGCAUGCUGUGUAUCUGCAUCUAGUAUGUUGACGAAAAAAAUAUCAGCAAUGCCAGCAUUACUGAUGCACCACUGACACUACGACGCUUAUGCGCACGAGUGACUCGUACACGUACUCCUACGAGUAAAGGUUAAGGUAAUAAAUAUGUAUGUAGCUACAGCUAGUAUCGAAGAGGAGCAUGCGAAUGCGGAUCACUACGCGCAUUCGUGUGCCGGAUGAUUCAAGAUCAGCUUCUCAUUUUUGGAAAUACUCACGACAGGCCAUCAAGCAGUCCGUGACUGAUAUGCGAAACGCGCAGGCCGGCAUUUUCAGCCGCGAAGCCCGGGAUCGCAACACAAACGCGGCUAUCGAGCGAGACAUCCAAUACCAGAAUAGCGAGCGUCUGCAGAGGCAAAUCACGCCACGACCGGUGCCGGUGGAAAAUGCUUUCACACCAAGAGGCGGAAAUAUGGGCAUGAGCGGGUAUGUGACGCCCAGUCGAAAUUUCAACUUUCUGCCGCCGACUGCGGGACACUAGUGGAUCGAACAGAUCAUGAGCCCAGGAGCUGAAGAUGAUAUCUUGUUGAGAAGAUACAAUUAUUAUCUUGAGCUUUCCAUUUGGGACAUAGAUUUUUAUUUUUCUCGUUUCCUGCUAUUGAACACAAAGACAAACACACUAUGUACUUCUUUUUCGACAUAGAAACUCGUCCAUAUCCCUGAGUCUGAGCAAAAGCUUCAACUUGUUUUUUUGUUCUUUCAUGUCAGUCCUCUACCAUUUUUUUUUUUCGCAAUAGGCAUACGCGCACGACAGAUUUCUUUUUUUGAACCAUCAGGGUCGAUAUUUUCUCACUGAGCGAGUGCGAGUACGGAGUCAUCUAUGUCUGAGCUGCUACAAUGAUCACAGGAGAAAAAUCUACAGUAUUGUUUUCUUAGCAGUUACAGCAGCCUCGUUGUAUCUAGCCCUAGUCGUUACCUUACCCUUCUACUUUCGCAACACAAGCCUGGCAACUUUAGUUUUACCUUUCCAGAGCGCCAAGCUUCACUUCGAAGCCGAAACGAAUUGAGAGCCAAUUUCGUUUUGACCAGCUUAUGGAUUUUAUCUGUGACUCCCCAAGAAAAGUUGUAGGCCUAGUCCCCCAGAAUCGAGAUUUCAAUGCCACGAGAACAAACAAGUAUCCCACGACUCUACAUUCUGACACUAU